UAGUUGCCCAUGUGACCAUGGACUUCCCCACUGCUGAACUUGGCGCUCGUCAUUAAAUCUUCAAAUGAUUCAAAAACAAAACAUUCGAAUUGUUGUAGAGAGUGGUCGCUUUGUUAGUGGGUGCUAGAAAUUUUGGAAUUUUCGGACUCGUCCAGUAAAGAAUCACAAUGCCGGAAGGACCAAGCGAUCUGGAACUGCGCAGGAGGCAGUUUAAAGCCCAAAUGUCCACAGUACAAACUCGUCGACAGCAGGCCGUUUGUGUUCGACGAGCUUACAAAAGAUACGGCACCAAAAGCAACCCCUACGUUAUUUUAGAUGGGUUGAACAUGACCGUGCCGAAAGGUGCCAUAUAUGGAUUAUUAGGGGCCAGUGGUUGUGGUAAAACAACUCUUCUCAAUUGUAUAGUUGGUAGAAAACGAUUAAAUUCGGGAGAAAUAUGGGUGUUGGGUGGCACACCAGGAUCCAGAGGAAGCGGUGUUCCUGGACCACGUGUAGGAUAUAUGCCACAGGAAAUCGCCCUUUAUGGCGAAUUCACAAUCCGAGAGACGCUCAAAUACUUCGGCUGGAUCUCCGGAAUGACGACCCAGCAAGUCGAAGACAAACUCGGAUUUCUAGUCAGUUUUUUGAUGUUGCCAGACGCCGACCGCUUGGUAAAAAACCUGAGCGGUGGUCAGCAGAGACGCGUGUCCUUAGCUGCGACCCUUAUUCAUGAACCCGAACUGCUGAUCCUUGACGAGCCCACGGUGGGCGUAGAUCCGCUGUUGCGGCAAAACAUUUGGAACCAUUUGGUCGAAAUUACCAAACACGGAAGGACAACGGUCAUUAUUACGACCCAUUACAUCGACGAAACGAGGCAAGCCCAUCUGAUCGGCCUAAUGCGCGGUGGAUAUUUCCUGGCCGAGGAAUCCCCCGAACGCCUCAUCUCCCAAUUUGGGGCCGAAAGCCUCGAAGAUGUUUUCCUCAAACUGAGCGUCAUCCAAAACAUGGGCAAAAGGCGUCGCUCUAGCAUCCUCCAAGGAGUCACAGAAACGAUCCAAGUCCCCAGCGGAACAAUCAACGAAGCCGCUGUGAUCGACGACGAAGUCGGCGAAAUUUCCGGAGAGUUCGGAGACAACGUCUCCAUGUCCAGUCGAGGGGGGCGCGUCUCCAUAGCCCCCGAGCCCACCGAAAACGCCCCUCCGGAGCUCCCCCCAGAGGAAGAGCCCCCGAUGACGUUCGCGGAUUAUUUCAAAAUCGUCAAACUGAACCACAUGAGGGCCCUCAUUUGGAAGAACUUCCUCUGGAUGUGGAGAAAUGCGCCUGUUAUGGCCUUCAUAAUCGGACUGCCUGUUGUCCAAACAAUUCUGUUUUGUCUGUCCAUUGGGCACGACCCCACUGGACUACCCCUAACUGUAGUUAACUACGAAUUGGACCAGUCUGAAGUGUGUAAAGUUACACCGGGUUGUAACAGUACACGGCUGAGUUGUAACUAUUUGCACUUUUUGAAAAACCGGACUUUGGAACUUAGUUUUUACGAAAAUGAAGAGGAAGGUAAAGAGAAGGUGCGGCACGGGAAAGCUUGGGCAACUUUAGUGUUUCCGAGUAAUUUUUCGGAUUCGUUGAGGUCAAGGAUUAAUGGAGGUCGAAGUGUGCCCGAUUGGGAUUUGGUCACGUCGUCGGUUGCGGUGUAUCAGGACAAGUCAAAUGAAAAUAUCGGCAGUUAUAUUCAAAGAGACUUGUACUUCGCUUUUGAGGACUUCUUCAAAGAUUACCUAAGUUCCUGUAACAUUGACACGAAGGUCGGAACAAUACCAAUCAGAUGGGAAACGCCAGUCUACGGUUACGGCAAUCCAGACUUCACAGAUUUUGCGGCACCUGGUGUCAUACUUACGAUUAUAUUCUUCUUGGCAGUGGCUUUGACCUCCGGCGCUAUGUUACUGGAACGAAACGAAGGAAUCCUUGAGCGAUCCCUUGUUAAUGGAAUCAGUGGAAUCGAACUCCUCUCUUCCCACGUCAUCACUCAAUUUGCGGUCAUGUUUGGCCAAUCUGCCAUGGUUUUAAUUUUCUCAUUUUACAUUUUUGGCAUCACCCAAAACGGAAAUCUGCUUCUCGUCAUUAUACUUAUUGUAAUCACUGGCCUUUGUGGAAUGUGUUUUGGAUUUGUCGUCGCGUGCAGUUGCGAUAACGAAAGAUCCGCCACCUAUAUGGCCAUGGGCAGCUUUUUACCCAUUGUGAUGCUGUGUGGCAUCAUAUGGCCUAUAGAAGCUAUGCAUAGCAUCCUCCAAUGGAUUUCCUACGUGUUGCCUUUGACGAAAUCGACGGAGAGCUUGCGGUGUAUUCUUGCCAGGGGUUGGGGUAUUGGAACCACCGAAGUUUACGCUGGAUUUGUCUCAACACUGAUCUGGAUUGUUGUCUUCUUAACCAUUAGUAUACUCUUGCUCAAAUUUAAGAAGGGUUGAUUGAAAUAUUUUUGUGAUGAGUCUAGUGUAUCGAGUAGUUUUAUAUUUGUAUUAAUUUAAUUUGUUUUUAUUUAAAUAAAACGACUUUCGUAUGUU